ACAUAGUAGCAAUAAGAGGCGCCUUGAAGAUCUGUCAUUCAACAAAACACACACAGACUGAUGAGAGGCUCUCUGAGUGAGCGCUAACACUCCCUGGGUUAACUGACAGCUCUGCUGAUGUGAAUUUAGUGUCAGAGGUGAAAAAGCAGACGGUCAUCAUCCGCGCGCAAAAAACAAAAAAACAAACAAACCAACAACAACAACAAACCACUUUGGCGACUGAACGAUGACCGCUAAAACUUUGGAGAAAAGCCCUGUCACUCUCGGCGGCUUCGUGCACCCUCUGUCCGAGGGCAUCUACUCACUGGACGACAGCACACCACUGCCAGGCUCGGUGGCGAUUUUUCCAAACAGUGAUCUCGGUGGACAUUACGACCAGAUCAGUGGAAUUUCAGCAGAUGGCUUGGUUGGCGCGGAUAUGAGCGCAGACAAGCGCGCCGUCGACCUGCCCUACUCCAGCAGCUUUGCGCAGCCGGCUGGUCCCCGCAGUCAGACGUUUACCUACAUGGGCAAGUUCUCCAUUGACUCCCAGUAUCCGGGCAACUGGAAUCCAGAGGGCGUGAUCAACAUCGUGAGCGCGGGCAUCCUGGGCAUGACCCAGGCCUCAUCGGCGUCCUCUUCACCGUCGUCGUCGUCCUCGGUGUCUCCGGCUCACUUCUCCAGCACGCUCAGCUGCACGGUGGCUCAGGGUCAGACGGACAUGGAGCAGCAGCACAUCUACUCCCCUCCUCCGCCCUAUUCGGGCUGCCCGGAGGUUUACCAGGACCCAUCUGCGUUCCUAUCCACAUCCACGUGCCCCAUCUCUUCGUACCCGCCGCCGGCCUACUCCUCCCCAAAACCAAGUCCUGAUGCCGGUCUCUUCCCCAUCCUCCCGGACUACACUGGUUUUUUCCAGCCCCCGUGCCAGCGGGACGUGCAGUCCAUCCCCGAGCGCAAACCUUUUGCGUGCCCUCUCGAGUCUUUCCGGGUGCCGCCGCCCCUCACGCCUCUCAACACAAUUAGGAACUUCACUUUAGCUGCACCGGUGACCGAAGGAGCGCGCUUACCGGCCGCUUACAGCCCGCAGAACCUGCCCCUGAGGCCCAUCCUGCGCCCGCGGAAAUACCCGAACAGGCCCAGCAAAACGCCCGUGCACGAGCGCCCGUAUCCAUGCCCGGCUGAGGGCUGUGACCGGCGCUUCUCGCGCUCUGACGAGCUCACCCGGCACAUCCGCAUCCACACGGGCCACAAGCCCUUCCAGUGCCGCAUCUGCAUGCGGAACUUCAGCCGCAGCGACCACCUGACCACACACAUCCGCACACACACCGGAGAGAAACCGUUCGCCUGCGACUACUGCGGCCGCAAAUUCGCGCGCAGCGAUGAGAGAAAAAGGCACACCAAGAUCCACCUGAGGCAGAAGGACAGGAAAGCCACGGCGGCAUCCUCCUCCUCCUCCUCCUCGGUUCCCGCCGGUAUCUCAAACUCCACGUCUGGACUCAGCCAAUGAGCAUGCGCAGCGCGCAACCGAGACUUGGUCGCGAUGGUAACCGAGCACGCGCAGCCAAAUCCUCAGCACCGAACUGUGUUUACUUUGCACGUGCACAUGGACCGGUGUAAACAAUCCAGGUGUUCAGUUCAAAGCAAAACACCUGGAAAUGAUCUGAAACCACUUUGGAUGAGGGACACUAACAGUGCGCGUCCUGGAAUGGCACGGUGGGGUUUCCCCUGACUCUCUCAGUCCCAGGUUGACUGACCAAACGCACUUUGUUUGUAUAUUUAGGUGAAAUAAUUUAAUGAAAUAACCUUAAACAGCAUGUGGGAGUGUCUGUGUUCUACUGACAGUGUGAGGUGUCUGUGUUGGCCAUAUGAGAGAGUGUGAGCUUUUACUCUGCAAUAAGUCGGAACUGUUCAUCUAAUGUAUGAGCUGAAUCUCUCUCUCUCUCUCUCUCUCUCUGUUUAUUGUGCCUUCGUCUGUUCUUUUAUUGUACAUAACUCCAUACGUGCGGAGGCAUUUAAACAGUGUACAGUGGAUCCUUUAAUAAGUUUUUUUUUUUGAAAAAAAAAAUCUCUAUUUUUGUACCAUUUGUUUGGUGUUGUUUGGAAUUAUUAAUUCCACGGUGGCUAAAAAAAAUAAAUAAAUACAUGUAAA